AUGGACAGCGUGCACUCAGAUCGACUGUCUUGCUCUUUCUCAUUAGAGGAUGUAGCUAGCAAUUCAAAAGGCGGCACUAGGAGGCGCUCCCAACAGCUCGAAAACUCAGGACUUCCGAAAACGUGUGAAACCUGCGGAAGUCUGGCCUCGCAGUUGCGCCGUUCAUCUGUUUGUUCUACAUCAAAACUAGAUGACCAGGAAGGUAAAAAAUCUGUGCGCUCACCUCGACACCGUUGCGAACUGACCUCAUCCAGCAAAUACAGUGCUCCCCGCCCUCGGCGUAUCUGGGACGAGCUGCCAGGUUGGCAACUGGAGUACGAGGCACUGACGCCGAUUCAGAAGCAGGUCAUGGAGUACGUGGCAUCCGUUGGUGAAAAUGCCAGUGCUGCUGCGAAAGAUCGCCUCAAGAGGACUUGGAGGGGGUUCAAUAUUUCUGAGCAAGACUUCUCAAUGAUCGAGGUAUACCUCGCGAAAAAAGUGCCACUGACCAUUCGUAUUGACAUCCAAGGGUUAGUUCCAUACUUGAUGAACGACCCCUUCUACAGAACCUGUUUCGAGACAAACACGAAGGGAGAAACAUAUUUAGAAGCGCGACGGGAAUUUGAGGCAGUCCUCUUCAACAACCUUUACGAGCACCCCUCAGUUCAGCCCAAAGAUAGACCAAAGUAUGGUGUCCUGAACAUGGUGUGCCAUCCGUUUUCUGAUUCUCGGGUUUCUGCCUUCGGAAGCGCUUAUCUUCUCUUAAAAGACUCUCUCCGAGCCCGAACAACUGUGGCGACCAGCAAAGAGAAUUUAGGGGCCGCCAUCCGUCGGGUUGGGACGCUCGAUCACAUGUGGCACAUUGUUGAAACUCUGUCAACUCAUGAAAUUACAAGGAUCCAUGCAGUCGCUACCGGCCGAAGGGCCAAAGCCACCGUGUCGCCGGACAGUAAAUACUCGGAAAUUCAGAUACACGGAAUGAUUGAUGUGAGGUAA